AAGGAGGGCGUGGCCAGACCGUAUAUUAAAUAAUGGAGAAUGUCAACCCUGAGGUGUUUAAGGCCACUAAGGCCCGUCCAACUGCACCAGAAGAUUGUAUUGACGAUGUUGAUGAUGAAAUAGAUGGCAGAGAAAUAUUUGAUCUUAUUAGGAAUAUCAAUGAUCCAGAACAUCCUUUAACUUUGGAGCAGCUAAAUGUUGUACAGCAGGGGCAUAUUGAUGUGAGUGAUCUGGAGAGCAAGGUUACCGUUUCUUUCACGCCUACUAUUCCGCACUGUAGUAUGGCUACCUUAAUUGGUUUAUCGAUUCGAGUCCGGCUUCUGAGAUCACUCCCAACUAGAUUUAAGGUGGAUGUUAAAAUUAGCCCUGGAAGUCACGCUUCAGAAGUAGCAGUGAACAAACAACUGGCAGAUAAGGAACGUAUUGCUGCUGCUUUGGAGAAUAGUCAGCUGUUAGAUGUUGUAAAUCAGUGCUUAUCAGGAAUGGAUCAAUGAAACAAUAAUGUUUAAGUUCAUAAAUUAAUUAUUUAUGUGUAGCAUCGCUCAUUGAACAUAAUACUGAGCAGGGACAAAUGGUAACUUAACUACUUCUGCUCUCAACGAUGCAUUUCUAAUUUGUAGUUUCAGUUUUGUCCCUUGUUUGCCAAGUGUUCUAGGGACAUAAGCCAUUGCAA